AUGAACGAACUUCUCGACCAGCAAAUAACCGCCCUUCAAAUAAUAGGAAGGUCGCUAUCUAACUUCAAGAAGAUAGGAAAAAACAACUACACGCCGGCCAUGAUCCGACAGCGGAUGACAACGCUAAAGGACACUUGGGCGACAUGCCUCGCCAGGCAUGCCCGAUUGCUACAAACCGUCCCGGAAGAAAACCGAGCCACCCUAACGUACUUCAGGGAAUUGCAGCUCGAGCUAAACCAGGAGGUCUACGAAACCACGCUCGAUUACAUGGCCACCUGCCUCGAGGAACUGGAGCCACCAGUACCAGCAUCAUCGUCACCAUUACAUUCGAUAAGUACAUUCGAAAAAGCGUCCUUUUCCUUGAAUCAUCUUCCUCCGAUCAGGCUUCCCCCGUUUUCCGGGAAUCUUGAUGAAUGGGAGAAUUUCCGAGAUCGAUUCACGUCUCUCAUCAUACAGAACAAUGACCUCACUGCAUUCUCAAGGAUGCAUUUUCUUGCAUCCAGUCUUAGCGGUCGUGCGCUUGACACGAUAAAGUCAAUUCAAGUCACCGCGGCUAACUUUGAAAUAGCGUGGAAAACGCUGGUGUCACGCUACGAUAAUACGCGACGGCUCGUCGAGGUACACGCAUCCGCGCUCUUCAACCUUCCGUCGGUCGGUCGCGAGUCCGCGCUCGAAUUGAACGAACUUCGUGACAGAGCCAAUCGGUCAAUCGCGUCAUUGAGAAACUUGAAUCGAUCUAAUGACGAGAUACUCAGCGACUUGCUGGUGUACAGCGUGACUCAACGACUCGAUCACGCAAUCAGGAAGGCGUGGAGGCUUAAAACGGGCGACGACGCGAGCGUUCCGACAUACGAAGCCCUUGACAAGUUCCUUGAGACGCGUGUUCGCGCUCUUGAGGAAUUGACCCCUCAAGGUUCUUCGAAGCACGCCCGUACAGCCAGAGUAACGAGCGCGUCUACAACCGCUUCGAGUCCAGCGUGCCCCCUCUGUGCCGCGUCUCAUUUCAUUAAUCGGUGUCCGCAAUUUUUAAAGAAGACGCCGACUCAAAGAAUGGAAGUCAUUAAACAAGCAAACAGAUGCCUCAACUGCUUGAGUUACAAACACGCUGCUCAAGCGUGUCCAAGCCGAUAUUCAUGCCGUACAUGCCAAAAUAGACAUCAUUCCAUGCUUCAUAAUGACUCGGCCUCUUCUUCCUCAAAUGCGACUAGUUUAAGUUUAACGACCACCUCAGACAUCUCCGCCGAAAAUAAAAACAACGAUCACGUUUCCGCUCUAUGCUCAACUCUGCCGUUCGCUGCGCGAAAGCGCGUAUUGCUCGCGACCGCGCGCGUUAAUGUAAUAUCUCCGGCGAAUCGCAGGCUCGCGGUACGAGCACUCCUUGAUCAAGGCUCCGAAAUCACAUUCAUAAGUGAACGUCUCACGCAAACGCUACGGUUGCGCCGCUUCAGCAUGCCUCUCGAAAUCUCUACCGUCGGUGGAGUAAAUAUCGGUAAAAGCCGUUACGCCGCUCAGAUUCAGGUCGCUCCGAUCAACGGAUCAGCAUCGGCGCUCGCGACAACGGCGUCAAUUCUAAAGUCAUUAACGAAAUAUUCGCCAUCACAACCACGAAAUCAUAAUGAGUGGACUCAUCUAGCUCAUCUCGCGCUCGCUGAUCCGAUUCCCUUUAGCGCCGAACCUAUUGAUGCGAUAAUCGGAGCGGACCUCUAUAGCGAAAUGCUUCUCGACAAAGUAAUUAAAGGCGCACCUGGUCAACCAGCUGCGCAAGCAACUAUCUUUGGAUGGAUAUUGUCAGGUCCAACCUCCGAUCCCUCUCCUCCGGGUCACGUGAUCAGCGUUCGGCAUUGCGCCAGUACUGACACUCUGGAUCGCGACAUCCGGCGAUUCUGGGAGGUAGAGGAAGUUUCGCGUAAACCGCCGCUCACACCGGAAGAGCAGCAAUGCGAGGAUCAUUUCGCCAACACGCAUUCUCGCGGCCCUGAUGGACGAUAUAUUGUACGGUUGCCGUUUAAGCGUGGCCCUCCGAUCGAAAUUGGCAACUCACGAGCCACCGCGGAACGGUUACUCAGAGCGCUUCAUCGUCGUCUUUCGGUGCGACCCGAAUUGAAAAUCGAGUACUCACAUUUUUUGUGCGAUUAUGAAUCGUUGAAUCACAUGCACCGGGUGACAGAAGCGAACGACUCAUCUCAAACCGUGUAUAUCCCGCAUCACGCCGUUAUUCGGGAUGGCAGCGCGACGACACACCUUAGAGUAGUUUUCAACGCGUCAUGUCAAACUUCCAACGCAACCUCGCUCAACGACCAUCUCCUCGCAGGCCCAAAAUUGCAAGCAGACUUGUCGGCUGUCAUCCUACGUUGGCGGCUAUUUCGAUACGUUUACGCGGCUGAUAUCACAAAAAUGUAUCGGCAGAUUCAAAUCGAUCCUCGAGAUAUCGAUUACCAACGUAUUCUUUGGAACCCUGAACCCAACAAUCCUGUGCUAACAUAUCGGCUCUCGACCGUCACGUACGGCACCGCGUGCGCUCCUUUUCUAGCUCUGCGCGUGAUACGACAGCUGGUUGCGGACGACGGCGCCGCGUUUCCACUCGCCGCGUCGGUAUUAUCCGAAAACGUAUACGUGGAUGAUGUCCUGUUCGGCGCCGAAAGCGUGCCGCGCCUAAAGCAGAUUCGCACUCAAGUCUGUUCACUGCUGCGACAAGGCAAGUUCGAACUAAGAAAGUGGUCGAGCAAUUCAGCGGAGCUGCUGGACGAUAUCAGCGUUGAAGAUCACGGCAUCGCGUGCGACAAAACGUUGCAAUCCGACGAAAGCCUAAAGAUCUUGGGCAUCAUCUGGAGUCCAUCCACUGAUGUAUUUCAAUUUAAAGUCUCUUUUGAUUCGGCUCCGUCUACAACCAAACGAUCAAUUCUAUCCACCAUCUCAAAGCUCUUUGACCCUCUCGGGUGGAGCACACCAGUCACAGUCACAGCAAAAAUGUUUAUUCAAACAUUGUGGCAAUCUAAACUUGACUGGGACGAUGUUCUCCCUCCCGAUCUCUUAAUUCAAUGGGAGCGUAUUCAAUUUUCCCUCUCAGAGCUACACGGACUUUCAUUGCCUCGCUGGGUUCAGCACGAAGCUCAAACUGAGCAAUGCGAAUUGCACGGCUUCGCCGACGCAUCCGCGCAAGCAUAUGCUGCUGUGGUCUACCUCAGGCUGGUGUCUAAGUCCGGCGUCGUGACCACUCAGCUGCUUAUCGGGAAAUCUAAAGUCGCGCCGCUGACUCCUCUCAGUAUCCCGAGACUCGAACUACAAGCCGCAGUGCUACUCACUCGUUUAUUAGAAUUCGUCAGAACAACUCUCUCUCUCUCAACUGCUCCAUGUUAUUGCUGGACAGACUCUACCGUGGUCCUUGCGUGGGUGACCCAACACCCCUCCAGAUGGAAGACGUUCGUCGCGAAUCGCGUAUCCGAAGUUCAAACGCGAAUUCGCGACGAACGCCUCAUGGAGACACGUGACAACCGAUGA